CAUAUCUUUAAGCUGUUGGCUCAUCUGUCUUUCUUGAUUUCAACCCUGGUCUUCGAUAAGCCUCAUCCACGCCAUCACACUGACGCGCCGAGAAAAUCAUGUGCACAAUUCUACCAAUAUGGUGGCAUUUCCCUCAGCGUCUCAUGUGGUGCUCCUUGCCGUGCACUUCGCUGCCAAAUCCGACGUUGAGAGCUUGACGUCGCUCGCAGCUCAGCAUUGCAACGUCCUGCGGCAGGACUUGCUACUUCGAAUCCUACUCACCUGCCUGCCCGAGACUCUACCCACCAGCCAAUACGUGUCCCUAAUCCGACGCAUCGAGUCGGGGGCGCUCGAGACAGAUGGCGACUCGCACGGUCUCGACUGGUCUUCGGUGCAGGAUAUCACUGAUGACGAGGCCUCGAGAAAGGUUCGCAAGCUGCGCUUAUUACCCCUCGCCUGGCCCAACCCUCCGACGGGCGCGACUGAGGACCCUCUGUCCCUAUUCCUGAUACACCGUGCGUAUCGCGUCGACGGAGAGACUGGGUUGCUUGCUCAACUUCCCGACCUCAUCGUGCCCUUUCUCGACCACGCACCGUGUGUUCGGACCUGGAUGGUCUCGGUUCUCCUUCCUCUCUUCCGUCGGAACCACGUGUACUACCCGCACUGCCCCCAUGUACAGGCCCUAGCGGCUUUUGACCGUAUGAACGAUCAAGCUGCAGUUGAUCUGCUGCUGUCACAGACCGGCGCUCGCCAGGAAGACCUGUCGCAUGUCGGGAGGGACCUCAGAGGGCUGAUAGGCCCGUGGCUUUACAAUGAAUCGAGAUGGAAACGUGGCGGAGAGAAGCGGCUCCCUUCGGGGCACGAUCAGGUACCAAGUGGCGAGACGAACUGUCCGGGUUGGGAACGAGUCCUCGAGUGGAUCACAACGCAGGCAUCCAAGUCCUGGAGAGUAGCAGUCAAGGCCAUAGACCAAUGGGACGGGCCGGCGGACGUUGAUUUAGGCGGUUAUGCUUCUAUGUGGCUAGAAGACGGAGAACAAGAAUAUCUCGAGCAAAGAUACGCGCGUGCCGCACUGGCUUCGGCAUACCUAGUGCCGGAGGCUUCCGUUGAAGCGCUAACCGGUGUCAACAGCAUAAUCGCAAAGAUCAUGGCCCUGCUCGAUCAAGACCCCUGCCCUACCUUACAAGUUGCCUCGUCUUUGCUUCCCCCCUCUGCUGGCUCGAUCGGAGAAGAACUUCUAUGUGCUAAGAAUGCCACCUACAUACGCAACGACCUACUCGCUGAGUCGAAUAUACUCACUACACCCAAUGAGGCAUCGACGCGGCUGCUACACACCCUGGCGCUAAGCGCCUUCAUCCUAACUAAGGCUGAAGUUCCUUGUACUAUUCGAAGAGCGGCCGAACUCGCUUUCCUGCAGGACAAACGAGAGCAAAAAUCGGAAGCGGUCAAAUUCAUCCAUUCGGUAUGUCAUAAGGGGCCAAAAAGCGACGACAAAUACUGGAUCAGAGCUAGGAAUGAGCUUCUAUGGCUUCGGGACUGGGGCGCAGAAGAAGCCCUAGGAUCUCCGGAUGCUCGGGUUCCCGGCGUUUUCGGCCAGCUGCAGAAGGAGUUCCUCGAAACCGAAUGCCUCAGAGCGUUUCUCGGUAGUACUCGCUACUCUCUAGCUAAAUCUACAUACGAAGACACUUCCGAAAAGCCACUUAACGACGACGUCCUACGAGAAACCAUUAUCUCCACCGCAAUGAAUGCCUAUGAUAAUGCGUCUAAUCCCCACCGUGGUCGCGGUGGUUUGUUAAAAUGUGAUGAUAUAAUUCAUGCCUUCUCCAUCACUCUCGGGGAAUCCCAUCCCGCUUCUAAACGGAUAGAAGCCCUCCUGAAAGCAACACACGCACUAAGUGAAUACCGCCUUACACUGAAGAAGGGGGAACCGUUUACGCCAGUUGUGCUCCGGGUUCACGCAGAUCCCAUAUCGAUUAUCGGGAAAGUAUUGGAACAGAACCCUAGAAGCUACACCCGAAUCCAGGACUUUCUAGAAAUCGGUAUCAACAUGGCUGAGGCCGGUCUGUUAACCCACAGCCAGCCGGAUCGGCUGGGACUGGCGACAGGGCAAGCACAGCAGCGGCAAAUCGUUAAGAAACGGAUCACGGCCAUGUGCAUAGAUGCUGCUCUUCUGGAGGACGACUUCGAGACAGCGUAUUCCUUUGUCGUUAAUCGACUGGCCACGGCGGGUGAGCUACCCGAUAUGGUAGCCUGGGACGAUGAAUAUUCUUGGAAAGCCGCCCUGCAGGCUGGCAAAUACCGUCAUACGUCCCGAACCAUCAAGCCUACGCAUACCGGCACGGCCAGCGGCAACUUUGUCAUCCGACAUCUUGAGCAACGUAUGGAGUGCUUGGCCACAGCGCUUCGAGUUGCGCCCCCGGUGACCCUUCAAGAGAUUUUAAGUGUGUUCCGUAAGUGUGAAGAAGAGCUGAACGCCGCCGUUAGAGCCGAAGCGGUACAAGAGUUGGCAUGGGAUGAUCAAGGCGAUCUGCGGGCUGCGCCUGAUGCUUUUGACGGCCCGGUAUCGGACGGCGCAACAAGAAGCGCAAAUACCAGAUCCGCACGGCACGUCGAAGAGGCACCUAUGUCUCUCUUCGACUUGUCGCGUGCUAGCAUGGCCAGGGCGCAACGCAAUUUAACAGCGUUGUCGAGCUUGCAGCGAAGCGGAAAUGCCAGGUCUAGCGAAGCCCGUGACGAAGCGGACGAUGGCUCUAAUCCGUCUAGGGUGAGGAAGAGAGAUCAGUUAAGAGAUGCUGCCGUUGGAACUCUGGCAUCGGGUGUUGGUUGGCUAAUUGGGGCUCAACCUAUUGACAGAGCUGGCGAGAAGGGCUGACAUGUACCCAGAUGAAUUGUACUGUUCAUUCUACUUGAGCAGCCCCCGGCAGGGAAGGGGAGGCAGUACUCUAUGGGACAUAAGCUUACGAGCAUAUUGCCCAGUCCCAUUCCGUUCACGUAGUAUAUUUUACACACAUGGGCAGAGUGCGACAGUCGGACAUGGCCUCCAGCUGAUGAUGCCCCAAAAAGGUAUUCGGUAUGAUCCGGAUUCAUUUAUAAACCCAGGACCUGCGGCCCUUGAUAUAACACCAACAUAACAACACCACCCUCUUGUCGGUUACGCGAACAUCUAUGCCCACAUCCCA